CAAUAAACAAGCAGGCAUGUGUAUUCAGAGUUCAGAUCGCAAAAACGUUAAAUUAAAUAGUAAAUACACUUGUGUUCAUUUUAAUAAUAGUUUUACAAAAAAAACAAUUAUGUCUGGCUUUAAUUUAAGUGCCGCCACUACUGCACCGGCCAACACAUCUAAUACAGCGACUCCUCAAUUCGGAUUUGGUUCAUCGCUUGGAACGUCAUGGCCCGCAGCAAGUUCAGCUCCUGCUCCUACUAACUUUGGUGCUUCUGCAGCACCGUCGCCAUUUGGUGCGGCAGCUACUUCAACUUCAUCAUUGUCUUUUGGCGGAACUAGUGUUGCAACACAACCGUUAACUUUUGGAGUGACUACUACUACACUGGCAUCUUCUGCCACUAAACCAGGGUUUUCACUUGGUACCAAUACAACAUCAAAUGCUCCGUUGAAUCUGUCAUUUGGAUCAAACGCCGCUGCUUCGACUUCUUCGUUCUCUCUUGGAACUUCAUUAAACACCAAAACUACAGCGGCACCUACAACAGGCACACAGUUUACAUUGGGAGCUUCUACCUCGGUAGCAACAACCUCUGCCGCUCCUGUGUCUCGAGGUUUGGGCGGUCUAGAUACUACAUCAAAUUUAAGCCAAGCCAAAAACAAAGAUGUAUCUGCUCUCGAAAUGACAGUGCCCAAUGAAAUCUUACAGCUGGUUAAUCAUUUGAAAGAUUUUCUUAAACAACAAAAAACAAUGAGUACUGAACUCGCUCGUAUGUCGUCAAAAGGUUCGAGUGAAGUAGCUGAUGACAUAACGACUUGUCAAAAAAAUUUGCAAUUCAUUGAACACAACUUGGACAAACAAAAACGCUCUGUUGAAAAGUUGAGGUUUGAAACCAACAAGUGUUUGCAAGAUUUUGAAAUCGCACAAAGAAACCACGACCACCCCGCAAUGGUGCAAAAUGAUAUGGAAUCCAAUAUAAAAUACUUCUCUGAGCUUAUUAAGUCAUUACAAGAAAAAGGAAAUAUAUUAAAAAAUGAAAUAGAGAACACUCAACAAUAUUUAGCUACGCUGCCGUACAACAACAAUGUUACUGUUGAUGAAUUAAGAAGAAUUGGAGAAAUGUAUUAUAAAAAUGUGAUUGCGUUGGCCGGUCAUCUUCAUUCCAUACACAAUGAAGUACAAGUGUUAAAAGCAAGGCAUUUGUCAUUCCGCAGAGAAAUUUUAAACGACCAUACAAAUAUUUUCCUAACAAAUGAAAAUCCAAAUCCAUCUAGUUUGUUUACAUCUCAUCCCGAUACUGCUGGGCCUAAUCCUUUUUCGGGAUUAAGCAUUACAGCAUCGGCAGCCCUGAAUUUAGGAACAUUUGGAUUGGAUCAAUCUAGACUCUAGUACAUGUCAAGUCCAAGGCAUAUCUAAAAAUAUGUUUAAAAAUCAAUUUAGUUGCUUAAAAAUAAGAAAUUUUGAUAUUAAAAUAAAACUGUUUUUUUUUUUUAUGAUAUUUAUAUAAUGAAAAAUAUUUAUUACUACAACUAAUUAUUUUUACAAAAAUGUAUCUCGUAUGUGGUGUUUGUAAUUAAACAUAUCUUGUUAAGAUUUUA